CUCAACCUUUCUGUUCCUCUGGUAUACACCCUACGAGAGCACACUGACUACGACUCCACCCGCGCCCGAGCGCUUACACCACCAAGCUCGCUGCCCUAAUUCCUUCCCACUUUCGCUAAACUACUUCAUCAUUCCCAUCUAACCAAAUGGCUGGCCCAGGUGGAGGCCCUUCGAGGCGCAGCCAUACCAAGUCCCGCAAGGGAUGCAAGACGUGCAAGAGACGGCAUAUCCGCUGUGAUGAAACAUUCCCGCAAUGCCGUAAUUGCACCAAGCAUCAAGUCCGUUGCGACUACAUGGACAGCCCGGCUGCCAUGAUGCCCGAGUCUCCUCAGUCUCCCCAGCAGCCAAACCUGCUGUGGACACCGGAGAUCGAGGCCACAAUCGAAGUCUGGAGACAGACGGGAGAGUUUCCUUUCCCCGAACUUCGAGUAUAUCCGCAGCCUCAAUGGCGCGCCUUGCCCAAGACUGACCUCCGCCUGAUUCAUCACCUCUCUUCCAUUUCGAAUGAGAUGUUCAGGAACAGGACAUCAAAGUCGACACUUUGGACCGAUAUGAUGCCCAAAUUCUUGAGCAUCGCCGCAUCUCACCCCUUUGUCAUGCACUCUAUUCUCGCAUUUUCCGCGUCACAUUUGGCGUGGAUUUCUCAGUCGAAUGAAACUCGAAAUCUGGCAUUUCACCACGUAAGCGUUGCUUUGAAGGGGCUACACGAUGGAAUUACGAACUUUACGAAACUGAAUUCGGAUGCGGUUCUUGCUUCGUCUCUUCUCCUCGCCUGGCAGGCAACCGACUGGCGAGGCUGGGCUUCGUUGGUGACGGGCACAAGAACGGUUAUUCAGUCUAUGCAGCCAUGGCGACAUGAGUCGUUGUUUGCCGACUACAUUGCCGAGCACACUCCUAUGCUCAACCGACAUUUCAUGAACCCGAUCAGCACGCCUAUAUCCCAAGAAUCGCGAAGAGAACAUUUGAACGCCCUGUCAGAUAUUCACACCUCUUUGCAACGACUGCAACCCUACUUGAGCCGGAAUGAUCAGGAGACAAAAUGGGUUGAUCAAUUGAAAGGCUACCUCGACCGCCUUGGGGCUUCCAACCAACCACAAACCCCUGAAGAACAGUUCAACCAGCUAUAUGCCCUUCGAAAAUGGCUCUUCUGGGUACCCAUCUCUCUUCUGGCUGCCAAGCGCGGAGACAUCAACGUCCUCGUCGUGUUGGCGCACUUCUACGCCACUGCACUUGCAUUGGAGCCCAUGUUCCCCGACGUCGCGUCUGUUUUCGUAGCAGACCUAUCCCUUCGUCCGUUAGAAGAGAUUGUCCUACUUGUCCAGGGCUACCAAGACACACGAUACGACUCACGGAUACAGACCAUGUCAUACCUGGUCCAGUUCCCCCUCGAUAUGAUAUCAACCUACAAAACACGACGAGAGUGGGCACGGCAGCAGAUGACGAAUGUCUCCCCAGUUCAACAACCCGCAUACGCGCUAGAGACUAUCAAUUUGGAUCUCGAAAACCAGAUUGCGCAGUACAGUUAUGGUCAAAGCCUAAGUCCUGCGUUCGCCCCGUCACCACUUUCAUUCUUACCACCUGGAAUGGCGUCUACGCCCACGUCACCGUACCUCGAAGUCCCACGGUCAACUGUGGACGCGUAUGGGACGAAUAGUUAUGCGUCCUCGAGCAUGUCAAGUAAUUAUGCGUCUCCGCUGGGGUCUCCCGCAGCCGCGCUGCCGGCAUACUCGGCACCACAAGAACAUGGAUUUGGCUAUGGAGUGCCUAUGGGUUAUCCCAGCGGGAACAUCAAUAACACUCGAGUGGUGGCUUCUCAGCCCCCUCAUCCCAGCGCCACGCCCGAUUCAGGGAGAACACCCCAAGCGGCCCCCGGAACUCCCUUUGUUCCAUCGCAGUACAGUCAGGCAUGAGAUCGACAGGGAGAUUGGGCGUUCGGGGAAUCACCGGUUCGAUGGUUCCGCGACAAAGCCCACAAGCCUGACUGUCUCCACAGUAUCAGGUAUAAAGAUCUUUGGUCGAUCAAGUUCCGAUCAACUGUCUACUAUUCGUCUAACCUAUCAGAGCCAUCUACUGGCAAAGCGGGAUUUCAAAGGUUGCAGAAAGCCAUUCACAGUUUGGCUGCGCCACGCGUCUCGGCGCAGUUGCCGGAGAAGAGGAUGCUUUAAUGCACAUCAUCUCCUGUUAUGUAAGGCGGAGCCGGAACCGAGCUUGAACGUUGUGCACCAUGCAUGGCAUGACACCGAGUUACGGCACAGCGCGGCAGCCCAAUGAGGCACCUGCACCGCGCUACGACACUUUUAUGACUGCAUUGUUUGGCGCUGGGCACGACUAGCUUUUGGACAUGUUGCUACAUCGACGUUAUGUUGCAUACCAAAAAGGAGCAG